UCGCACGUGUCCUAGUGUGCACCUCGCUCUUUCUUCCCUCAGCGUACUUCCGGCGACACUUCCGGGUUCUCUUACCCUUGAGGCUUUUGUGAUUGAAAUAUAUUACGGAGUCCGUGAUAGAACUGUCAUUGAAUCUUUAUUUGCACCUAUAUUUGAAGAAAAAUACAAAGUACUUUCCCCAUAUAAGAGCUGUCAUAUGGGCAAUUAGAAGUAUGUUGCUGGCUGGCUACUGAGGAAACCAUGGAUCUGGACCAGAGUGGGAGGGCUUGUGAUGGUGAGGUUGCUGAGAAUAUCACUAAGCCAUCUAGUGGCCAGCAGAGCACAUCAUAAUGGCUCAGCCAAAGGAAGACGCCAGCUGCUCUCCAGGGUUUACCAACCAGGGAGCCUGUGGCAGGAACAGUCCUCCGAACUUCCACACAAAACAAAUGAACCCUCCAGCAAAAGCCAAAGACUCAUGUUUAAAGCAGGCUUGAUCCGGCCCUCUAGUCCAGGUUGCUUUCACUACCUUCCCUACACUGUGAGGUCAAUGGAGAAACUCAUUCGACUAGUAGAUAAAGCAAUGCAGGAGAUCGGAGGACAGAAGAUUAACAUGACCACUCUUUGUUCAGCAGAACUGUGGAGGCAGAGUGGGCGUUGGGAUCUAGUUGGAAAAGAACUGCUGUGUCUGAAGGACAGGCACGAUCAGGAAUACUGCUUGGGGCCCACCCAUGAAGAGUCUGUUUCUCACCUGGUUGCCACAGAAGGAGGGAUCAGUUACAAACGGCUCCCUCUGCUGCUCUACCAGACCACACGGAAGUUCAGGGAUGAGAAGAGACCCUGCUUUGGCCUCCUGCGAGGCAGGGAGUUUUACAUGAAAGACAUGUAUACGUUUGACAUAACAGAGGAGGCAGCCUAUCAAACGUACAAUAAUGUGUGUGAGGCCUACUGUAAACUUUUUGGCGCCCUGGGUCUGAAGUAUGUUAAAGUUCAGGCAGAUACGGGAAAUAUUGGGGGCAAAUUGUCACAUGAAUUUCACCUCCUGGCAAAUAUUGGUGAGGACAAGUUGUUGGUGUGUGGGAGCUGUGACUUUGCAGGAAACGUAGAGGUCUUGGAGGCAAGUGAGAAGGCCUGUCCCAUGUGUAAAGGCGAGCUCGUGGAGAGCAAGGGCAUUGAGAUAGCCCACACGUUUUACCUCGGUACAAAGUAUUCCCAUGUGUUUAAUGCCAUCUGUUACGAUUCUCAGAACAAACCGUCUGUAGCGGAAAUGGGAUGCUAUGGCAUUGGCAUCACAAGACUCCUGGCAGCAUCUAUAGAAGUUCUCUCUACUGAAGAUGAUAUUCAUUGGCCAGGUCUUAUAGCCCCAUACCAGAUUUGUCUAAUUCCUCCCAAAAAGGGAAGCAAGGAGAAGGCAGUAAUAUCAUCCGCAGAAGAACUGUAUGAUGAUAUAUGUGCGGUUCCUCAUAUGAGAGAUGAGGCCAUUUUAGACGACCGGGACCAUUUAACUAUCGGAAAAAGGAUCAAGGAAGCCCACAUGAUGGGCUACCCAUAUAUUAUUGUGGCAGGCAAAAAGGCCUUGGAGAGCCCCCCACAGUUUGAAGUGCACUGUCACAGAACUGGCAACAUCCAGUUCCUCUCCAAGGAAGGAGUGCUAGACUUUACACAAAAAAUUCAGGUGAUCUAAAACAUGGUGUUUACAUAAUAUUCACUUUUAAAUAAAUGGGGAAUAAAAUGUAUAAAAUAGUUGUACCAAAUAUACACCGUGGCCCAAUUGUUAAUGUGAAUAAACAUCUUUUUUAUGCCCUUA